AUGUCCGUUGCUGUAGCUACCAGCAGAAGUCGAGUGCUAGCUUUAUAUAAAAAGAUCUUAAAGCUAGGAAAACACUGGGAAGCAAAGGAUGCAACGCGGACGUUGAUAGAACGCGAGGACAUCUUGAAUGAAGCGAAACGAACAUUUCGUGAGAAAAGUAACGUUACUGAUCCAGAGGAGAUUGCGAGACUUCUUUUGGAAGGAGAGAAGCGACUAGUACAAGCAGAACACUAUGGCAUACCAUACGCUAGACAUAACUACGUCCUCCCUCAAACAGCUUAUAGUGAGUUGUUUCGAGUAUUGCUGCGUAUUAAGUUGUUAAGCCACGCUCAUUCCUUGCGAAUGAAUGUCAGUCCGAGAACACGAAGCAGGGCAUGGAGUUAUAAUCUUUUCCAGAUGUCAACAUCGCCAACAAGCAGUUCACUAAAGUCACAAGAAAACCGCGGAGCUAAUAGAAGCUCAGGGAUAAAUGCAUCAGACUUUACGCUAGCUGCUAUUACCUUUACUCGUUACUAUUUCGCGGGAGUUAAAAUACCAACGCAGAUCGUAACUGAUGUAAUGAAAUCAUUCUCACAUGACGAACACUUCUAUGACGGAUUUGUGAAAUCCGUUUUGUGUAGUGAAUUGUUAGAGAGGUACCCUACAAAGAAGAGUUACCGCCGAAACCUGUUGAAGUUGUUAAUUGAUGAGUUGGAAAAAAUUGACCUGGAUGUUCCGGACGAGUUAUAUAGCGCCUGCGCUGACUGUAUGUUGGACACGAUGGAAAGUUGCUACCGCAUCUUCUUAACCUAUGAUCUGUCCGAAGUCCUGGUGAUUCUUCGCGAGUCUACACAACAGCUCUGUCAUGGCACCACUGGUCUUUCUCUGUGGCAGGCCUCGUGCGAUUUGGCAAAUUUUUUAUGUCAGUUUAUGAAUUUAUCGAAUACAAAUGUGCUAGAACUUGGAGCAGGAUGUGGUUUGACGGGUUGGUUUUUUCACAUUGAGGGUCUGUCAUAUUGUCGUGAUCUAUUAUUGUACAACGAUCCAGGAAUCGCCGUUGCAAGGAGUUUUCGCCACUGUACUGUUUGUCUUUCCGAUUACGAUCCAAAAGUUCUAAUGCAACUGGAUUUCAAUGUUAAAGAAAACACGGACAAGACUCAUCCAUCCACAGAAGUAUUGUAUAUUGACUGGACAGACUUUGACGUUGCGCAGUUGCUCAAAGCUCCAGAUGUAGUCAUAGCAGCAGACGUGGUGUAUGAUUCCAAAAUCCUCCCAGCAUUGUGUGAUGUUCUCCAUAAAUGUCUCCAAACCUCUCAGAAGUCGCGUGCAUAUGUCGCAUCUACUCUUCGUGAUCCUAUGACUUUGAGAGUUUUCAGGGAUAAUUUAGCCACUCACGGUCUACGAAUCAGCGAUGAGGUGAAAUAUCAGUACGAAACCUUUACAUUUCUGGACGGCUCAAAAUAUAAGUGUACCUCUUCUUUCCCUCAUUCGUCGACUCUUGACGCUCCAACUUUUAUUUUCGAAAUAGCUACGGAUGAUCUGCAUAGGCUUGUCAUGCGCGCUCUUGGAUUCGAUCCGCGUAACGCUCAAAUUGAUCAGAUGACGAUGAGAUUCAGGGAAAUGCAAAGAACUAAAGUGGGAGGCCACCAAGAAGCUGACCAUAUGGACGUCGAUGAGUUUCUGGAGAUUUUGAAAGAAGAUAAUGGCGAAAAAGAUGAGACAGCUGACGAAAUGCGAAGCGCAUUCAAACUCUUCGACAAGGAAGGCAAAGGAUGGAUCACAGCGGAGAACCUCAGACAGGUGGCAAAAGAGCUCGGAGAAACUUUGAGUGACGAAGACUUGGAGGAAAUGAUUAAGGAGGCGAGCAAGGAUGCUGAAGGACGGGUUGCUGAAGCAGACUUUUUUGCUAUUAUGAAAAGGACAUGUCUAUAUUAA